GCCGCUGGAAGCGUGGGAAGGUUUGAUAUUUAAGUUCCUGAACAAAGGAGUUUUCUGUCUCUUGGCUCUCUUGCUCCUCUUGCUCUCUUGGGACGCCUGUUGCAGGGGGUCCACUCCCCGGCAUUCACCCACAUGGCUCAUGGCCACGUGGACCCCACACAGCGGACUGAUGGAUUACAGCCAGCCUGAUGCUGUGCCUGGAAUGGAAACGUUGGACACUGGCUUUGCUUCUAGCUCCGCUGAAGCCCCAGCUGCACCUUUUCCAGGACUGGUUUAAGGGGAAUUGGACUUUGGAAACCAAAGGAUAUAACUAUAUGCAAAUAAACCUUUCUGCCACAUCUCAUUCUCCCAUAUACCUACAGAAUAUUGGACACACAGAUCCAGGAUACAUAAGACUUUAUCACCUUGAAUCAAGGAUUUAUUUUGAUACCUUCCUCUGUCUUUUCUUCAUACCAACUAAAUUAUUUUUAAAAAGAAUUAACAAAUUUGCCAUAAAGAAAUUGUAAAAAAAUAAUACAACCCACACUUUCCAAUGCCUAAGAAUAGCAAGGUGGUAAAGAGAGAAUUAGAUGAUGAUGUUAUUGAAUCUGCCAAAGACCUUCUUUCCUAUGAAGACCCAGCUGAUGAUGUUUUUAAGAAAACUGAACUAACUAUUGAUGUCCAAGAAGGGAAAAAUACAGAUGCUAAAAGGCAAUCUGGAGUCGAAGAUGAAAGACCAGCUUGGAACAAUAAGCUACAAUACAUCCUGGCCCAAAUUGGAUUUUCUGUAGGUUUAGGGAAUGUGUGGCGAUUCCCAUACCUAUGUCAGAGAAAUGGGGGUGGUGCAUAUCUUUUGCCAUAUUUUAUACUGCUUAUCAUAAUAGGUAUUCCACUUUUUUUUCUGGAACUUGCUGUGGGUCAAAGAAUUCGGCGAGGAAGCAUCGGUGUGUGGAAUUACAUAAGCCCUAAACUAAGUGGCAUUGGAUUUUCAAGUUGUGUAGUGUGCUUUUUUGUGGCCCUCUAUUACAAUGUCAUCAUCGGCUGGAGUUUGUUUUAUUUUUCCCAGUCUUUUCAGCACCCUCUACCUUGGGAUGAGUGUCCUUUGGUGAAAAAUGUUUCACAUACUUUUGUAGAGCCAGAAUGUGAAAAAACUUCCUCCACCACCUAUUACUGGUUCAGAAAAGCACUGGAUAUUUCCAGUUCCAUUUCUGAUGGUGGUGGCUUAAACUGGAAGAUGACCGUCUCCUUGUUGGUUGCCUGGCUCAUGGUUUGCUUGGCUAUGAUCAAAGGCAUUCAGUCUUCUGGAAAAAUCGUAUAUUUUAGCUCUCUGUCCCCAUAUGUGGUACUUUUUUGCUUCCUAAUCAGAGCACUCUUUCUACAGGGUUCAGUUAAUGGCAUCCUCUACAUGUUCACCCCUAAGCUUGAAAUAAUGCUGGAUCCCCAAGUCUGGAGAGAGGCUGCUACUCAGGUGUUCUUUGCUCUAGGUCUGGGAUUUGGUGGUGUCAUUGCCUUUUCAAGCUACAACACGAAAGACAACAACUGCCAGUUUGAUGCUGUACUGGUGUCCUUCAUCAAUUUUUUUACUUCUAUCUUGGCAACAUUGGUGGUGUUUGCAGUUCUGGGCUUCAAAGGAAAUAUCAUAAAUGAGAAAUGCAUUGCAAGAAAUUUGAAAAUGAUUAUAACAUAUAUAAAAAUGGGCAACAUUAGUCAAGAUAUUAUUCCCCAUCGCUUCAAUUUAUCAGCUAGUACUGCACUCGAAUAUCACGAAAUUUAUGACAUCAUUAAAAAAGUGAAAGAUGAAGAGUUUCCUGCCCUUAAUCUUGAUUCCUGUAAUAUCGAAGAUGAACUAAAUAAAGCUGUUCAAGGAACUGGUUUAGCUUUUAUUGCCUUUACAGAAGCGAUAUCACGUUUCCCUGCUUCUCCCUUCUGGUCGGUGAUGUUCUUCCUCAUGCUGAUAAAUCUAGGGCUCGGCAGCAUGUUUGGAACCAUGCAAGGGAUCAUCACACCUCUUGUGGACACCUUCAAAGUGAAGAAAGAAAUUGUUACUGCUCUCUGUUGUCUUCUGGCAUUUUCUGUUGGCCUGAUAUUUGUGCAACGCUCUGGAAAUUACUUUGUUACGAUGUUUGAUGAUUAUACUGCUACGCUGCCUCUUUUAAUUAUAGUCAUUUUUGAGGUUAUUGCUGUAUCCUUUAUCUAUGGCAUAGAUAAGUUUAUGGAAGACCUAAAAGAUAUGAUGGGCUUUGCUCCCAGCAUAUAUUACUACUAUAUGUGGAAAUAUAUUUCCCCUCUAGUGCUAUUGUCACUGCUGAUAGCUUGUGUUGUGAAUAUGGUACGGACCCCUCCUGGCUAUAACGCAUGGAUUGGAGAAACGGCAUCUGAGGAAUUUCUGAGAUUUCCAACGUGGGCAAUGGCUGCCUGUGUCUCUCUGAUGUGCCUAGGACUACUCCCCAUCCCGGUUGUCUUCAUCUUUCAUCGCUGCAACUUUAUAGAGGAUAGUUCUGGUAAUUUAGCCUCUGUGACCUAUAAGAGAGGAAGGGUGCUAAAGGAGCCUGUAAACUUAGAGGGAGAUGAUGCAAGCCUCAUUCAUGGAAAGAUACCAAGUGAGAUGUCAUCUCCGAAUUUUGGUAAAAAUAUUUAUCGGAAACAGAGUGGAUCACCAUCUUUGGAUACUGCUCCAAACGGGCGAUAUGGAAUAGGGUAUUUGAUGGCAGAUAUGCCAGAUAUGCCAGAUAUGCCAGAAUCUGACUUGUAGCUGGGGAGUGGGAAAUCGGUGGGUUUUAUUUGGUUCAUUUUUAUCAAUGAACAUUGGCUCCACGAAGAGAAGUUUACGCUUCACUUAUCAGAGGGUGAUCUCAGGUGUUCCAUGGCUGUGAUCUUUAAUCCUAACAGCGUGUGUAAAUUCAGCUAGAGUAUUCUUUUUUAUUCUUCAGUUUACAUUUGCACAGUAAGAGUUGUAGACAAAGCUUACAGUGACUGAGGUUCAUGUUCAUCAGAAUUUUUAAAAAACACUUUUGGUGAUUUUUCAAGUAUUUCUAUCUCUGAAAAAACACACACAGGUGUUACUUCAGUUUCUAAUAAUUUCUGGAUGUAACAGUAUUUGCAGUUCAAUAAUGGUAUACUUUAAACUGCAUAAGUUUGCCUUCAGGGUAACACUCCGUAUUACAAUGAACAGUUCUGUAAGUCGGCGCCUCAGCACAUUUCCACGACUGUAUUGUGUAGAUAGGCUGUACUUAUUUUGGUUGCGUUGGUACCUUGUUAGGCAAAUAGUUGAAGAAAACUGCAAAAUAUUUUCUUAUGUAGUAGCUGUAUAGAGAAAUAGUAUCAAAGAAUAAGAAAGCACUAAUGUUGGGAUGAAAGGUUAUAUUCAGAGGUGACUAAGGAUUAUGUGUAUGACGGCUGUAUAUUCUGUGUAAAAUAUGUGUGAAAAUGAUCUAAGUAUGAGUCACUUGGCACUCUCAAGAAUUAUGCAGAUUCUGCAUUUUUCUAUGCCAUGUGCCUAAAAAACCUACUUAAUAUUUAUUGUGGAUUCAAGAUUACUCAUAGUAUAUUUAUAUAAUAUACUUGCAGUGUAUAUAGAUGUAUAUUAGUACUCUAAGUACUAAUUUGAAAACUUGAAGCAAGAUAGCAUUUUAUUUCAUAUCUUUCUGUUUUGCUUCUGUUUUAUGCAAAUAUAAAUCCUUUUUUAAGUGAUUGUUAAAAUUGUAUGGCAUUACAUUUUAAUCUACAAAUAAAAUUUUAAAAUGACA